AUGGCUUUCCUCACAGUUCCAUAUGCGAUCCUUCCUUGUCUCGGAGAAACAGAAAAUGACGCUGAUCAUGAUGUUGAUGACAACAUAACCCCAGCUCGUUCCAUCUUCAUUGUGCACGACAACAUGCAAUUCGAGUGGAAGGACAUUUUCAAGGGCUAUGAAGGUGCCUGGUGUGUUGGUUCUUCCCGUGGUUGGCUUAUGUUUUUAGACCGUGAAGGGUGUCCUUUUCUACUAAACCCAUCUUCCUCCUCUUUCAUUCAGUUGCCACUGUUUUCUGAUGCAUUCAUGCACCGUGCCGGAAUCAUUUACUCUUGUUUUGUCCAACACUCGCUGAAAACCUUUGUGUCCAAAGCAGUGUUGAUGCCUUCUUCGUCUUCUUCGCAACACACACUUGCCAUAUUGUUUAGUUACCCAUGCAGACUUGCCAUUUGCACUAACGCUUCAACAUGGUUUGAACCCACCGAUGCUAAGUGCUUUUAUUGCGAUAUUGUGUCCUACAACAACAAUGUCUAUGCUCUUGCGGAAGAUGGGUCUCUUGAACAAUGGAAAUUUUAUGAAGGAGUUCCAACAAAGAUCCUAGAUUUUAAACUAACUAUAGAGAAAGAUGAGGAAGAAGAGAGAGAGUUCCCGAAAGACAAGUUUUCGUCGAAGAUAUAUUUGGUGCUGUCAAAGGGAAAGUUGCUCUUGGUGAAAAGACUUAUCGGAAAUUUCGUUAAUGCGGAUGGUGAAGUGGUAUAUGAAGGAUACAAACCACCUGGUCAUGAUGGUGAUGUAGUUUGUCCUUACAGAACCAAACAUUUUGGGGUGUAUAAGCUUGACUUUAUGAAGAACAAGUGGGUAAAGAAGAGUUCUUUGCAUGGUCAAGUUCUGUUUCUUGGUACCAACGAGUCGACUUCAGUGUCUGCCAAAGAGUUUAAAGGAUGUAAAGCAAAUUCAAUUUACUUCACAGACGAUAGAAGUGAAGAGAUGAAUUUGGACUAUUCAUAUGGUGGGCAUGAUUGGGGUGUUUUCAGCCUUGCAGAUAGACGUGUCAAGAUCCUCACUCCAUUUGCAUAUAAGAUGGAUCCACCACCUAUUUGGGUGGUUCCAACUUCAGAUGGCUUUUAUGUAUAA